AUGUCGACACAAUUGACUAGAGGCGGUUCCACCGACGAGAGUGGCGUCUGGCACGAGUUAGGCCACGGCCAAAUUACCAAGAUCUGGGAGAUUCUUAAUGAGUCAGAAUCAGAACACACCAUUAUUCCCGAUCUGUACAAUCGGAUCUACGACGCAGUUCCCGAAGUCAUUCGGGAGGUCUUCCCCAGCACCCAAUUCGUAGGUCUUGCCCUGGCCAUGCGGAAUGUGAUUCGGGUCCACUCAUUCCUGGAUCCCGCCAACCACAAGCCCGGUGUACCCCUGGACUGGAUCAGCUACCAUUUCUAUGCAACAUCCAACAACUCCACUGCCCAGAAUGAAGCUGCCCAGAGCUUCUAG